AUGGAUGAAACAACGUAUGACGAUUUCAAUACACAUUUGCAUAGUAAUAUAAACGAUUAUAUUAAUUAUGAAAGUGAUAGUAGAGAGAAAGAAAAUGAUGCUAAUAAUGAUAGCGAGAAUUCUCAAAAGGAGGAAGAUAUAAAUGAUAAUGAUAAUGUAAAUAAUAUUAAUAAUAAUAUUGAGAAUAAUAUUAAUAAUAAUAAUAAUAAUAAUAUUAGUAAAAAUAAAAAAAAUAAAAAAAAAAAUGAUGAUGAUGAUAAUUAUAAAAAGUUAAAAAAUGAUGAUGAUAUAAAACUUGCAGUAAAGAUUGCUAUACAAGUUUUAUUAAAUAAUCAACCUUUUCCUAUUAAAAGAGACGAUCUUUUUUAUACUAUAUCUAUUUAUGUACCUAGUUGUAAUACUAGCAUAAAAAGAAAAGUUAUAUUAAGACUUUUAAAAAAACAACUUAAUAAUGUAUUAGCAUUAAAUUUAUUAACUUUAAGUAGUAAAACGAAAACAGAAUAUUCACUUUCACAAAAUAUUUUUUAUAAACAACAUAAUGAUUUAUUAUUAUCAAAUAUGGAUCAUACUAUUAGAGGUUUUUUAAUUUUCCUUAUUCCUUUUUUUAAUGUAUUUCAUAAUAAACUCCCACUUAAUUAUUUACUUUAUCAAUUAAAUAUGGCUGGUCAUAAUACAUUAAAAACAAAAGAAGAUAUUAUUAAAAUUAUAACUACUCCUACACUUCAUUCGAAUAUUGUAUAUACUAACAUUUCAAAUAAUGAUAUAAAUGAUCCAAUAGAUCUUAUCAUCUAUGCAAAAAAAUUAUCUUAUAUAGAAUUUAAUAAUGAACAGUAUGAUGAAAAUUCGCUAGACGGAUUCUAUAUUAUACCCACACUGAGGUUCCAAUAUGAAAUUAAUAUGAAAGCAUAUAUUAAUCAACUUAUGAAUAUGCCUCACAAAAAAUUUCAAUUAAAAGAUAUGUAUGUUUUAUUUGAUGAGAAAUAUUUUGUAGAUAUAAAUUUUGAUAACCUAUAA